AUGAACAUUCACCCUGAGGUUGCGUCGAUCGUGACGCAAGCAGUGAGCGUCCUAGUCUUCGCAUUUAGCGGGGUUUCAUCCAUUUCUAUCCUUGUCCGACGAUUGACAGGGAAGUCAAAAUUAUCGCUCAGUGAUUCUCCAACGAACAGCUUAUAUGAGGACGAAGAUGGAGUGGCAACGGAGGCAUCCAUCAAGGCUUUUUCAGAUCAAUGGCAGCGAUUGGCUCUGGCUCUGCUGUCAGCGAUAUGGUUCGGUUGCGCGCUGUCCUUGACCAUCAUCGCAUUGAUCCCGCCUCAGACUCAACUACUUGUCCCAAUCUGGCUACUGGGAAUCAAUUCAGUGAGUUUGAUCAUUCCUACUUUUGUGCUCUGCCUCGAAACGGUCGCCUUUUUCACCGAACCAUCUUCCGUCAAACGCUACAAUCUUGCCAUUUGCGCCUUUUGGACCAGCAAUCUCACCGUUAGCCUUCCUUGCCUCGAGCUCUGUAUUUUCAGAUCCGCGACAGUUCGCACAUACUACACCCAGUGGGAAAAUCAUACAACUUGGCUCCUUGUUCUGCAGAUUACAGCAGGACUCUUGCGAAGUGUGUGCUGCCUCUUGAUCCCUCGUCGCCCUUCCGUCUAUCACGAUGGCCAAGUCGUCGACCAAGAGUUCUCCGAAACUCUGUUGAGCCGCUUUACGUACAGCUGGGUGAAUGGCUUGCUGCAGUACACCCGGCAGAAUAAGAGUUCCAUAGGAAUUGACAACCUUCCUCACCUCCGUGCUUCCAGCCGUACAGAGAACCUGCACACGCGCUUUGAACAAGUGCGGAGAACGAAAGAUCUAUGGAAGGCUAUCCUCGUGGCACACUGGCCGUCGAUCCUACAGCAGUACGUGCUCAGUUUAGCCCAAUGCGUAUUGAGCUUUGGCCCACAGGUCGCACUUUAUGGUAUUCUGAAGUCAUUGGAAGCCCGUUCAGCGGUUUCGUGGGAUAAUACCGAGUCGUGGCCGUGGGUAGCCGCGUUAGGGUUGCUCUUGUUGCUUGGAUCCGGUGUUGACUCGUGGCUUUGGUGGCUCAUCUACUCAAAACUCGCAGUUCCAGUGUACCAGGAGUUGUCAGCCAUAGUGUUUGCCAAAGCAAUGCGAUGCAAGGAUGUGAAGCACACCACGACCGCUGAAGAAUCAACAGGCGCGGAGGACUCUAAAGAGAGGGAGACAAGCGGACAGAACACGAUAAACUUGGCUGCUGUGGAUGCUAGGCGCGUCUCGGACUUCGCAAUGUUCAAUCACCAAAUCCUUACUUCUAUCGCGCAACUGGUGAUUUCGUCGGCUUUCUUGGUUGGUUUGAUCGGGUGGCGCAGCCUGCUGGCAGGAAUAUUCGUGGCCGGGCUGACGACGCCAGUUAAUGUCUAUGCAACCAGACGAUACUCCGACGCACAGGAGGAGCUCAUGAAGGCGACCGACAGACGCACCAGAUUGCUGACCGAGGUGCUGCGAGGCAUUCGCCAAAUCAAAUUCUCUGCCAUGGAGCAACAAUGGCAGGAUCGCAUCAUCGAGAAGCGCAAUGCAGAGCUACAGGUAUUAUGGAAGGUGUCGUUGUACAACAGUGUCCUGGUCUUUAUCUGGAUCUCGGUCCCAAUCAUGCUUUCGGCCGCAUCGCUGUCCGUAUAUGCGGUGAUUCACGGCGAGCUGACUCCCUCCAUUGCUUUUACCUCCAUGUCUGUCUUUGCGACUUUGGAGACCUCGCUGUCGUCGUUGCCUGAUCUUUUCACACGCGGGCUGGAGGCCAAGGUCAGCAUGGAUCGCAUAAAUAAGUAUAUCACGUCUCCUGAGAAAGAGUCUCAUACAACAGAUGUGAAUACGAUCUCUUUUGAAAACGCAGAGAUCAUGUGGCCAGGAGAUGGCGCUGCCAGAGGACCUGAAAAGUUGCACGGCGAGAAUCAGUUCGUCCUGACAAAUCUGACAUUGAACUUUCCCCCCAAGGCUCUGAGCGUCAUUUCUGGCAAGACCGGGACUGGCAAGAGUCUCCUGUUGGCCUCUAUCCUUGGGGAGGCUGAUGUGGUCACGGGGUCCAUCAAGGUACCUCACGCACCCUCGCUAGACGAACGAUAUGACGAUCAAGCCACGUCCGCCGAUUGGAUCAUCGACACGGCUGUUGCGUACGUGGCGCAGAAUCCCUGGAUCGAAAAUGCUACAGUUAGGCAGAACAUCUUGUUCGGAUUACCGUUCGACAACACGCUAUACCGCAAUGUACUUUUCGCAUCAGGACUGGAUCGGGACCUCAGUAUGUUCACUGAUGGGGACAUGACAGAUAUUGGAGCCAACGGGGUUAAUUUGAGCGGAGGUCAAAGAUGGCGAGUUUCCUUUGCCCGGGCGCUAUAUUCGCGGGCUGGAAUUCUCGUCAUGGACGACAUCUUCAGUGCCCUCGACACCUUUACUGGACGUCAUGUCUAUGAACAUGGCCUGACUGGGCCCUUAGGCCAGAAUCGCACCAGGAUUCUGGUCACCCAUCAUGUGGGACUAUGCUUGCCUCAAGCAGACUAUUUUGUUGUGCUGGACCAGGGAACCAUGAAAGACGCAGGAUCAGUGAAAGACUUAAUAGACCGUGGAAGCCUGACUGACCUUCUAGAUGAGGUGACUGUGACAGCAUCAAACGAAGACGAAGAUGAGGAAAAAGUGGUACCAGCAAGAAAAACCCAGCGACAUGAAGAAGUACAUUCCGGCUCCACAGAGCAAGUAGGAGAUUCCAACGAUGCAAGUGCAGCGGAAACUUCCCCCCAGAAAUUCACAUCAGACGAGAAGCGCAAGAAAGGAGCCCUUUCCCUGUCAUUAUAUAAAGCGUACGUCGCCCGAGGAAACCGCCUAUGGCUUUGGGUGUUUGCUCUGCUUGCGUAUGCUCUCUACAUGGCAUUAAUGAUUGGCCGAACCUGGUGGCUCAAUGUGUGGACAAGCUCCCCCAAUUCCCAUCUUCAUCAUGCAAAUCCCGAGUCAAUUAUGAGUUAUGGAGUUACAAAGCUCAUAUCUGUCCAAACUGAAAGCAGCCUACAAUAUUUCCUGGGCCUCUAUGUGGCCAUUUCUGUCGCCGCCUGCGCGUUUGCGACGGUGCGGUACCUGGCCGUGGUAGUUGCCGCCAUUGCAUCCUGCCGUCAGAUGUUCGACGACCUCCUAACCCCGGUGCUGCGCGCACCCCUUCGAUGGCUUGACACGGUACCAAUGGGGCGCAUCCUCAACCGUUUUACUUCGGACAUGUAUGUCCUGGAUUCGAAACUCGGCUUCACACUGUCUGGUCUAGCGGCCAGAGCAUCACAAAUUGGAGGGAUCCUAGUCGCUGCCGUGAUGGUGUCUCCAUGGCUACUAGUGCUUGCCAGUAUUUUGCUGGUCUGUUGCCUGCGACUCUCCUCCAAGUUUCUAGCGGGAGCACGCGAGAUAAAGCGCCUUGAAAGCAUUGCAAAGAGUCCCGUGUUGGAGCAUUUCGGGUCAAGUCUCACCGGACUUCUCACCAUUCGCGCAUUCGGCAAGGCCGAUGUGUACAUCGACCAGUUCAAUGCGCGUAUCGAUCGCCACGCCAGAGCAUCAUGGAAUGCAUGGCUCCUCAGUCGCUGGCUAGGUCUUCGCAUGACGUUUGCUGGCGCCAUAUUCACAACCACCACCGCUGCGCUGGUUGUCUACAUGCCCACUAUUUCCGCCUCCAUGGCCGGCUUUGUGAUGAGCUUUGCCCUACAGUUCAACUUUGCCGUCUCCCUCGCCAUACGUUCCUAUGCAAACUUGGAAAUGGACAUGAAUGCGACUGAGCGUGUGCUGGAGUACACCGCUCUAGAGACAGAGGACCAGGACGGCCUACAACCCCCUGCGGCUUGGCCAACCAAUGGUCGCAUAGAGGUUCAGGACCUAGUAGUAGGCUAUGCCCCGGAACUACCACCCAUACUUAACGGACUCAGCUUUGCCGUCGACGAGAACCAGCGAGUGGGCAUCGUGGGUCGUACAGGCGCAGGGAAGUCGUCGUUAGCCCUAGCGUUAUUCCAAUUUCUAAAGCCGCGACAAGGCCGCAUCUUCAUUGGCGGGUUAGAUAUCGCGCAAAUAAAGCUACACGCUCUACGCAGCCGGUUAGCUGUAAUUCCGCAGGAUCCGGUGCUGUUUUCUGGCACGCUACGGUCCAACAUGGACCCUUUCGACGAGCAUACAGACGCGGAGCUAUACAAUGCCCUUCAAAGGGUACAUUUGCUAUCGACUGAGGAUACCAUGAUACCUUCCUCACAGGAUACACCGAGCGGUUCCGUUAACCAAUCCUGGCUGUCUGAAACAGACAUCAGCAAGACUAACAUGUUCUCAUCGCUGGCGUCCCCAAUAUCUGAGGGUGGGAUGAACUUGUCACAAGGUCAACGCCAGCUGCUUUGCCUUGCGCGUGCCAUUGUCUCGCAACCCAAGAUUAUGAUCUUGGACGAAGCCACGUCGGCGGUAGACAUGGAAACAGACGGGCUGAUUCAGAAGUCUAUUCGCGUUGAAUUUGGACGUAAUGCCUCUUCGUUGCUGGUGAUUGCGCAUCGGUUGAGCACAAUCGCUGAUUUCGACCGUAUCCUGGUCAUGGAUGCCGGACGUGCGGUGGAGUUUGGGAGCCCGCAAGAGCUGAUGGAGAUUGAAAGCGGGUUCUUCAAGAGUCUUGUGGAAAACAGUGGGGAGAAGGCUGUGGUUGAGAAGAUCAUUUAUGAUGAGAAUUCAGCAAAGACACUAUAG